UCAAUGGGCCCAAGUCGCGUCAGUUGUGCCGUGGCAGUUGGCCGAGUCAGACGCGUAAUUUAAGCCGAGAUCUCAAGACUCGCUAACGAACCGCAGCGCGACUUUUAGACUUUGCACGCGCCAUCGGGGGGCAAGUCUCUCUCUCUCUCUCUCUCUCUCAAGGUUAAAGCGAUGUCAUUUUUUCGCAACAUACGCUCGUCGCUGGCCUCGUCCAGAAAGAGCUCGUCGCGCGACACAACGCCCGUGCGCAGCUGCGGCUCCCGGCCGGCGAGCGUGAUCAGUUCUCGACGGGAUUCGACGACCAGCUCGACGCUGCAGCGCGGCGAUACCUUCAUACUGAACGGCUCCGAUGAGGAGCAACAGCAACAGCAACGCGACGGCGGCGGCACCGAGUCUAACAGCAGCACGCUGGAGAAGAAGUCGAAGAAGUCAAAGGUUUUUAGCAAAUUCAGCACGUUCACGAAGCGCAAGAAGCCACCCUCGCCGGAGGAGGUGGCCAGCUAUGAGCAUCAUCCCAGCGAUACGGCCACGAAUACGUACUACAAAUGGCGCAGCGAUGGCGAUCGCAUGCUCGACUAUGAUGCGCAAACGGAUCCAUUCAAUUUCCUUUACGAACAGGGUAGUCACAAGUCGGGCAUGCAGCGGCAGCCCAGUCUCGGCUCCACGUCCAGCGGCAGCUUCGACAGCAGCACCUAUCGCAAGAGCAAGACGCCGACGCAUCUGCGCGAGCAGCUGGAGCAGCUGAAGACGCACUCCAAUGACGAUCUGCUCGAGGAGGAUGAGCGCGACAAGUACAAGACGGUCACACUGAACAGCUUUCGGAAAUCCUUCAGGGAUCGCCUGCUGCAGCAGCAGAAGGAGACGCCGCAUAAUCCCGCCUGGUUCGUGGAGGUGCCCGCGCCGCCGACUGCGGCGCAGCAGUCGGGCGGCCAUCGAUGGGACUCCAAGGAGAAUCGACCCGAUUUUCUCGUUUUCGAGAAUGACAACUAUCGGCCGCAGUCGCGCUCGCCGCUGCGCGACAGACCCUCGCGCUCCGCCACCCGCUCGCCCGUCAAACGCAACGAGACAUUUCGCGUGGCGCAGCCCACGCUGCGGCACAUGUCGCCAUCCCCGACGCCGCCAACGCCCGCGUCUGCCAUACGUAUCGAGAUCAAGAACUCCAUAUUGCCGCAUUCGCCGGGCCGUCUGGUGCCGGUGGGCGUGGCCAAGCCCAUGCCCACAACGGAGUACUAUGCGCAGCGGCUCUUGGCCAGCAGCGUGGCGCGCCAGGCGCCGCCGGCGGGCAAAUGGUAUCGCAGCCCGAGUCAGCAUUCGCCCACGCGGCAAAUGGGCGUGGCACAGCAACAGCAGCAUCCACAGCAGCAGCAGCAGCGCUGCAACGGUCGCUAUCAGACGCUCGUGCAGAUUGGCAGCGAGCAGGCCAAGUUGUCACCGGCGCCCGCCCGAGGACGUGCACCCACCCGCGUACAGCUCUACGGCAGCAAGCCGAGCAGUCGACAGCAGCAGCUGCAGCAGCUGCAGCAGCAGCAGCAGCCGCCCGCCUCCACCUACUUUGGCGGCCACUAUAAUGCACCUGUGCCCGCGGCGAAGCCGUUGACCAGUUCGCGUCAGAGUUCUGCCGGCGGCGGCGUGGGCUUUGCCAGCGCCAAUUGGGGGCGUCGCGAGCAGCCGACGUCCAGAGCCGUUCACGUUCACGCCCCCGCGCCGCGACGCAAUCGCUCGCCGAUCAAGAUUCCAUGGCGAUAGAUCGAAUACACGACUGAUCAAAUACAAUCGGCCAAAGCUGAGCGCGUGACACGAACACGAGCACGAGCACGAAACGAGACGUGUUUCAAAUAAGACACACACAAAACGAAACUCAAGUUAAAUAUUUAAAUAAUACAAAACUAAUAUAAUAAAUGAAUUUUAAAUUAUACAACAAAUAAUAAAUAGAACAUUUUAAGUGUUUGUUGUUAUUCCAUACAUAAAGGAGUAAAGAGAUAAUAA